UCAAGCUAAUAAUUUUGUGCUAGUUUGUAUGAGAAAAACUACGUUUGCCGUAGUUAAGAAUAGAUUUCUACGGAACAGUGAGAGCACGAAGAGUUAAAAUCAGGAAAUUUGUCUGCUUUCUGUAUUGUGACGUAUUACAAAUCUCUGCUUUCAGUAAGGUGUUCGAUACAGACUGAUUUUCGUAUUGUGUAUAAAUACAAAAUUAAUAUUUUUCGUGUCAGUACAUGGUCAUCAGUAAAUUAGAACCUAAUCGGUAAUUAUAAUGCCGCUUGUAAAAUUGCCGUGGAAAAGUAACACAGUCGUACGACAGGAAAAAUGGAACUUUUCAGAUUCGGUAAUGGUAGUGCAUAGAGUGUGCGACGAGUUGUUUUCAUCUCUCCACCAGAGUAGCGCUGAGGGUUGUAAUGAUACACAACUUCCAUUAAAAUGAACGUUAAUUAAUAAGUGGGCAUGGGUUCUGAUCAACAGUUCUGUCUGCGAUGGCACAAUUACCAGAGUAACCUUCUUGCAACAUUACCGCAGUUCUUGGACAGUGACAAUCUGACUGAUGUCACAUUAUCAGCUGGUGGACGAAGUAUUCGAGCACACAAGGUUGUCUUGUCUGCUUGUAGUCAGUAUUUUAACGAGCUUUUCAAGGUGCUGCAUCCAAUACAACACCCUGUUGUAGUUAUACCAGGGACAACAUUUUCAGAUCUGUGUGCACUUGUAACAUUCAUGUAUAGUGGAGAAGUUAACAUAUAUCAGGAACAGCUUCAGGGUCUCUUAAGCAUGGCAGAUGCCAUGCAGAUCAGAGGACUAGCUGAAGUCAGUGGGGGUGGAAAAAAUACUGUUCCAAGAAAGGAAAAUUGUGGACAAAUGAAACGUUCGAGGUUGUCUAUGCAGACACCCGGAGGGACAGACAUUAUGAAUGCAGAAGGAAGUAGUGACCAGUGUGGACUACAGCCCUUGCAGGCAGAACCUGUUGCUAACAAUUCACAAUAUCAGAAGGGCAGAAAUGACAGUAAGUGUGGAUUCCCCAACAGGCGAACAUUGACAGCCCAGCACUCUAAAGAUGAUGCAAGUAUACAGCACAGUAGUGGAAUAAAGCAUGAAUUAGGGAAUUGCAAGGCAGCCACUGAUACAUUGGAGCAUUUUUCUGAGUUACAGACACCUGAGUAUACAAGUAGCUCAGCAUCUCUCAAUGACAAAGAUGGGGCAAGCUAUGCUAAGGACAAGACAUCAUCUGCAAUUCCAAGUCUUAGUUCUGUACAAGAGUCAAUGUCUCAAAUUAAGGUUGAGACUGAAAUGGACACCAGUGAGAUGAAUAACACUCAGGAAACGCUGGAUGUUUUUGUAGAAUCUGAUUACAAAUCAUCAGCGAGAGUGUCUCACUCCAGUAACGCUAAUGAAAAACAUCAGUUGUACAGUAAUGAAAUGGAUGUUAUAUUGGGGCAACAGUCCCCUCCUUCAGAUGACUCUGGUGGAAGUAUCUGUAACACAGACAGAAUGCAACAUAGUUCAAACUCAGCUUUAACCAGUUUGAAACUGAAAGCUUCAUCUGGCCAAUUUAGUAAAUUCUAUCUUCCAAAUCCCACUACAAGCAACACUAGCAAGCUAUAUGCCACAUGCUUUGUUUGUGGUAAACAGCUAAGCAACCAGUAUAAUUUGCGUGUCCAUCUGGAAACACAUCAGAAUGUUAAUUAUGCAUGUAGUGUUUGUAGUCAUAUAUCCAGGUCUCGGGAUGCUCUGAGAAAGCAUGUAUCUUAUAGGCACCCUGGUGAAGCUCGGGAAAAAGUAGGUUUUGGGGGUCUUAUAAAAGAUGCUCGUAUUUCUGGAGGAAGUGCUUCAAGCACAUCAAAGAAAUCUAAAAUAACAGAUAAUACUGAGGAUGAUAAACCUGUCUCAACAUAAAAGAUAUAUUUCUGGAAACAAAAUAUCAAUACUAGUAUAGAUGAAGAGUCUUGAUUGCAGGAAAUUACUAUUUAUAGUUGUAUAUAAUUUACUCGGAAUCUGUAAAAGUCAUUUUCAACAAUACCAAAUACAUUUCCUUGUUGGUUUUAAUGUUAAAAAGAGCUUUAUAUGUUAAAGAUUUUAUGUAUACACAUACAAACUAGUAUGUCAUUGUUUUUAAGCAUUUUAGCAUAAUGUUUGGAAUGCUUUAAUGUGUGUGUGUGUGUGUGUGUGUGUGUGUGUGUGUGUGUGUGUGUCUGUGUGUGUGUGUGUGUGUGUGUGUUUUGAAAAAAUGAAGUGUAAGAAAAGUUUGAAUAUGAAUUCACCAAAGUGUUUUUCCACCUUUAUUAUAUACAAAUAUAUUCUAAGAUACUGAUAUUCACAGCUAACAGAAACAAGAGUCUUUCAUUCGCACUUGUGCCUUAAUAUAUCUGUAUUUUACUGUAACACCAAAAACUAAAUGAAAAUGUUAUUUUCUCUGUAAAUUUUUAUGAAAAAAUAUUACGCUUAAGAGGUAAUAGUGCCUACUGUGCAAUAUGUGAAAGUACCUGUGGAUUAAGCCAAAUUAUUAAAUAUUUUAUAAUAACUAAAAUCAUAAUUUUGUAAGUGACUGGGAAUGUUAACCAAGAAAAAUUAUUUCUUGUAGACUUAUUAAAUUAUCAUCUUUGCUGUGAGGUCUUGCAUUAAGAGUGUGUGUAAUGUUAUUAGUGGACAAAAAUGUAUAGAAUUAUAAAACAAAAUAGCCUUAGGUACUUAUAUUGUCUUCAGUCAUCAUUGUCAUUCUUGUACAAAGUUUUUUUUUGUAUACUGUUCAAGUAGAUAAACAACAAAAAAUGUUUUAUGUGUUAGUUGACACAGACAUCAUAAAUUCGUACAUCCUUUAAAGGACAGGAGGGGUUGGAAGAAGUGGAAUGAUUGAAUAAGAAACCAAUACUUGGGGUGAACAGACAUACAAUGGAACAGGACAAAUAAAUUAAAAAGCCCAUUCCCUUUAGUUUAGGAGAUGAAGGAAUACCUAAUUCCAAAAGCUAAAGUUUAUGUUGAUUUUUAUUCAUAUCUGUUGUUCCUGCCAUCUGAUAUAUAUUACUUGAGAAGACCUACUGAAGUCCUUGUCAGAGUGCAAGCACCAUUGUGUUUACAUUUGAGAAAGGGAUAGCAACAGCAAUACACUUCAUUAUCCAUACAACUGAAGUACCUUCGUGCACUUCACUCAUAUCUGCCAACAAUUAAAUAUUCCUCACAACUUUCUCUUUAGUAUUUCUUAUGCCACUUCAUCAGCGUUUA